AAUAUACACAGUGUCAGUGUGAGAGUGUUGUGUAUUUCGAAUCAUAAUGGAUAUCAGCUAUAUAUUCGUGAUCUGCCUGAUGGCCCUGUGCAGCGGCUUCACCGCCGUCGAAGGCAAACAGAAAUCCGGCAGAGGCCGGGGCUCCAUGUGGUGGGGCAUUGCCAAGGUCGGCGAACCCAAUAAUAUUACACCCAUCAUGUAUAUGGAUCCGGCCAUCCACUCUACACUGAGAAGAAAACAGCGACGCCUGGUCCGGGAUAAUCCAGGUGUAUUGGGAGCCUUGGUUAAGGGCGCCAAUUUGGCCAUAAGCGAGUGCCAGCAUCAGUUCCGCAAUCGUCGCUGGAAUUGCUCAACGAGAAACUUUUCGCGAGGCAAAAAUCUAUUUGGAAAAAUUGUGGAUCGAGGCUGCCGUGAGACUAGUUUCAUUUAUGCCAUCACCAGUGCCGCGGUUACCCAUUCUAUUGCCAGGGCCUGCAGCGAGGGCACCAUCGAGUCCUGCACCUGCGACUAUAGCCACCAGUCGAGAUCCCCUCAAGCCAACCAGGCGGGCAGUGUGGCUGGUGUCCGGGAUUGGGAAUGGGGCGGCUGCUCGGACAACAUUGGAUUCGGUUUCAAGUUCUCCCGGGAGUUUGUUGAUACCGGCGAGCGGGGUCGCAAUCUGCGCGAGAAAAUGAAUCUGCACAACAAUGAGGCGGGACGAGCGCACGUCCAGGCGGAGAUGCGUCAGGAGUGCAAAUGCCACGGCAUGUCCGGCUCUUGUACGGUGAAGACCUGCUGGAUGCGACUGGCCAACUUCCGGGUGAUCGGUGACAAUCUCAAGGCCCGCUUCGAUGGUGCCACCCGCGUCCAAGUGAGCAAUAGCCUGCGAGCCAGCAAUGUCCUGCCAGGGAUCAGUCCGAAUGCCGCCGGUUCCAGUUCUGUGAGCUCCAAUGGUCUGAUCAUUCCCCAGUCGGUGGUCUACGGGGAGGAGGAAGAGCGCAUGCUCAACGAUCACAUGCCGGACAUUCUGCUGGAGAACAGUCAUCCGAACAACAAGAUUCAUCAUCCGAAUAUGCCAUCGCCAAACAGUCUGCCGCAGGGCGGUCAGAGGGCCAGAAAUGGACGACGACAAGGUCGCAAGCAUAAUAGAUAUCACUUCCAACUGAAUCCCCACAAUCCUGAGCACAAGCCACCCGGCUCUAAGGACUUGGUCUACCUGGAGCCUUCGCCCAGCUUCUGUGAGAAGAAUCUGCGACAUGGCAUCCUGGGCACCCAUGGCCGGCAAUGUAAUGAGACCUCCUUGGGCGUCGAUGGAUGUGGUCUGAUGUGCUGCGGGCGUGGCUAUCGGCGGGAUGAGGUCGUGGUGGUGGAGAGAUGCGCCUGCACCUUCCACUGGUGCUGCGAGGUCAAGUGCAAGCUGUGUCGAACCAAGAAGGUCAUCUACACGUGUCUAUAA